AAGAAGUAAUAAAGGAAAGAUCACUCUUUUGUUUCUGCGGAUAGAGUUAUCCCACGAACUUUACGAGCCUUACGUGUAGCGAGAUCAUACAGUAGCAAGAAUUAACACAUGUUUCAAUCUAUCUACGAAAAUUGUUGAACUAAAAUUUACAUAAGAAGUACAAUGGCAAUGUCUGUGUUGGUCUAUACACUAUCUGCCGUAGUAAUUCUGAGCCUAUGUUUAAAUGCCGAGGCCCAGUCCACAACGAGGCCGUGUGACAGAAACUGCCCCUGUACCUUCAACCCAGUGUGUGGCUCUGACAGGAUAACCUACUCCAGUGAAUGCACCCUGAAGGCGGCCAACUGUGAUCGCGCUAACCCCGUCACGGUGGAGUCCACUGGAGUGUGCACCCGAGGCGGCCGUCACAGCCAUGGAGGCUGGCGAAGAGGUGGCCGAGGUGGAAACCAGGGUUCAACAGCUGCAGAAGAGAAAUAAAGUUUUGCAAGAUGUCUAUGAGCUGAACACACA